CCCCCCCCAAUCCCCCCCCCGGGCCGGGGGGGCUGCGGCGGCCGCGCACCGAGACGCGGCGAGCGUGGCCGCGGCCGCCACCACCUCCAUGAGGAGCUGGGGACGAUGCCAGCGACCCCCGCGGUGCUGCUGCUGCUGCUGGCUGCCCUCCCCCCCCGCGGGCAGCCGGCGCCGGCGCCGCUCCGCAUGGCGGCCAUCCUGGACGAGCGGUCGGGCUGCGGGCGGGGGGAGCGGCUGGCGCUGGCGCUGGCCCGGGAGCGCCUCAAUGGCAUCCUGGGGACCCCCCCCCGGGCACGGCUGGAGGUGGAGAUCUUCGAGCUGCAGGGGGACAGCCAGUACGAGACCACCGACACCAUGUGCCAGAUCCUGCCCAAGGGAGUGGUGUCGGUGCUGGGCCCUGCCGCCAGCCCCGCGGCCGCCGCCACCGUCAGCCACAUCUGCGGCGAGAAGGAGAUCCCUCACAUCAAGGUGGGGCCGGAGGAGACCCCCAGGCUGCAGUUCCUUCGCUUCGCCGCCGUCAGCCUCUACCCCAGCAACGAGGACCUGAGCCUGGCCCUGGGCCACGUCCUGCGCAGCUUCCGCUACCCCCCGGCCUCCCUCAUCUGCGCCAAGGCCGAGUGCCUGCUGCGCCUGGAGGAGCUGGUGAGGAGGUUCCUGAUCUCGCGGGAGACGCUCUCGGUGCGGGUGCUGGACGAGGCCCAGGACCCAACCCCCCUGCUGAAGGAGAUCCGCGACGACAAGGUCACCACCAUCAUCAUUGACGCCAACGCCUCCGUCUCACACCUCGUCCUCAGCAAGGCCUCGGAGCUGGGCAUGACCUCAGCCUUCUACAAGUACAUCCUGACCACCAUGGACUUCCCCCUGCUGCGCCUGGAUGCCCUGGCCGAGGCCCCCUCCACGGUGUUGGGGUUCUCCAUGUUCAACACCAGCCACCCCUUCUACCUGGAGUUUGUCCGCAGCCUCAACAUGUCCUGGAGGGAGAACUGUGACCUCAGCCCCUACCCCGGCCCUGCGCUGUCGGCGGCGCUGCUCUUCGACGCGGUGCACGUGGUGGUCGGAGCGGUUCGGGAGCUCAACCGCAGCCAGGAGAUCGGAGGCCGGCCCCUGGCCUGCGCCUCCCCCAGCAUCUGGCCCCACGGCACCAGCCUGAUGAACUACCUGAGGAUGGUGGAGUACGAUGGCCUGACAGGGAGGGUGGAGUUCAACAGCAAGGGCCAGAGGACCAACUACACCCUGCACGUGCUGGAGAAGGGACGCCAUGGCCACCGCGAGGUGGGGGUGUGGUACUCC